UACAGGAAACGUGUUUUCAACACUUCUGUGGGGGCUGCAUUAAAUAUAUGCAACCGAGCUGUGGGCCCUCUGCGCUCUCAUUGGCUAAUUCAGACUCAGGUUGCUGCUGAUUGGCUGUUGAGCGCGAAGCUGCAAAGGAAGGCGAACGGGAUUGAAAUGAUUUCUGAGCUGCUCAUCAUCCUCAGCCGGAAAACUCACCCAGCUCUACUCACCCUCGCUCCUCCGGAGGAGCAACAAAACUGUCCGUUUCUCUCUUUUUAUGGGAAUUUCUCCACCUUUUUUUUUCGAAGGACCUCACUUUUAAAGUAAGCGCGUUGGCCUUUUUGUGAUUUCUUACAGGAUCUGGAUCCGCGUGCCUGUCAGUUUUGACAUAAAUGUGUUUUUUUUCCUGCAGAAAGUGACAACUACAUAUAAAAGCAACAAAAGAUGCUGUGCCUACGCGACUCUGGUGGCUGCGUACGGGAGCAGAUGCAGAACAUGAUGAGGUCACUGCAGGACCUGAAGCAGCUGAGGAGAACCUGCCCCGACGCCCGGCACCCUCUCGCCCCUGUGAACGCCCAGCUCCCGGCGUUGGCACGCUACUCCGCCGUGGCACGUGCGUGUCAGCAGCGAGCACUGCAGCGGGAACAGCGCGCACGCCUGAGGAUGUCCGACGCCAGCUCAGCUAGCACCUACGACUCGGCCUGCUGCCUGAACAGUCCUCUGGAGGAGGAGGAGGAGGACGCCGGCGGUCAGCUGAGCCUCAGGCGAGAUUUACGAUCUCCCAGCAGCCAGAAGAGUCUGGAGUUCGACUCGGGUUACUCCGAAGCAUCCUGGCAGGAUGACAGCGUUGUUUUAAGGAGGACGAGGAACGUGCGGGUCUCCUCCUCUGCCUGCCUACGCACAAACAGAGCGCAGAGCGGGCGGAUCCGACCCAAAUCCACAUCUGACGCCUGUCUGGAAAGGUGGACGUCGUUUGAGAUCAGCGACCCAGAAGACUGGACAAACUCCCUGUUGACCAGAGGACGCAACCGCCAGCCUCUGGUCCUGGGUGACAACAGCUUCGCUGACCUGAUCCAGAACUGGAUGGACUUGCCGGAUUGUCCCGAGCCCACCGAGCUGAAACCAAGCUCAAGACAAAGACUGGGGAGAGGCUUCCUGGUCAACAUGAGGAGGAAGAUUUCUGGGUUGUCUAAAAGCGUUGAGGACAGAGUGAAGAUGAGGUCCACAGACUCUUGCCUGAACAGAACCGUCAACGCUCCCAAACGCCUGUCCUGUCCCGUCGUUGCAUCGCAGCCUAGCGUCCCCUUUUUCCACCAGUCCCACUCAGCCAUCGACCAACUGGACACGGACUUCCAACGCUUCACGGCUCUGAUGAAGUCAGGCAGCCGGCAGCCGAUCAUCUGUAAAGAAAUCAUCGGCUACAUCUGACAGAAAGGACUGGAAAACCCUCAGAGUCACUUUAUUUUUGCCAUUUUUCUCUCUUCUACAUGACUGUUAAGUUAAUGAAAACAAAGAUGUUCUCGUGGUUUAAACUGCAUAUUUAUGUUUCACGUAUUUACGUUUCUAGAUGUUUUUGCUUGUGACACAACAACACUGAUAUGUUGGGUCCAGCUCGCAUGAAGCUGUGACUCCUCACUGAAGGAAUGAUUAAAACUCUAAAGCCUAAA